CCUCACUUAUCCUCGGCAAUUCACAGCAUACAAACUAACAACCAAAACAAAUUGUGAUGAAGCUAUUUUCCGAAAACGACGGCGGCGAAGAUCCCGUCGGAGACAUAUCAAAAAUUGAAAUCAACGAUGAAUAUGCACGUCGGUUCGAGCACAACAAAAAGCGCGAAGAUUUGCAGCGGUUCGAAGAGCUUAAAAAGAAAGGUAUUGUUGAUUCAGAGAAUGAAGAAUCAUCUUCUGAAGAAGAAGAUGAUGAUAAUGUUGUUAAUUAUUCAAGUAAGAAUGAUUUGAAGUUUUUUGAUGCUUUAAUUAAAGUUAGAAAUAAGGAUCCUAUUUUGAAAGAAAAAGAGGCUAAGUUAUUUGAUGAUUCUGAUACUGAUGAGGAUAAUAAUGAGAUUAAUGAUAAUGAUGAUGUAAGUAAGAAGAAAAAGAAAAAAAUGUAUUUGAAAGAUGUGACUGCAAUGCAUUUGCUUGAAAAUGGGCCGGAAUUUGAGGAUGUGGAGGAGAAUAAGAAAAUGAGUUAUAAAGAGGAACAAGAGGCGUUACGGAAUGAGUUUUUGGAUGCGGCGGAUAAGGAUGAUGAUGGAGGGGAGUUGUUGAAGGUGAAAGAUGGGAAAGAAGACGAGGAAAGUGAGGACGGAGAGUAUGUGAAGAAGUUAGAUGAGUAUUUUAAGGAGGACGAGAAGUUGGAUGAGAACGAGAGGUUUUUGAAGGAUUAUUUUAGGAAGAAGAUGUGGUUGGCGAAGGAUGAGGGCGGUGGGAGUAAAGGGUUGGAUAUUGAUGAUGGAUUUGAUGUGUCGGAGGAUGAGGCGGCGUUGGAGAAGCAAGAGGAUUACGAGAGGGAGUUUAAUUUUAGGUUUCAGGAGAAUGCAGGGGAUAGAGUGUGGGCGUAUUCGAGGACGUUUGAUGGGGUGAGGAAGAAGGAGAAUGGUAGGAAGGUACAAAGGAAGAAUAAAGAAGAGAGGAUGGCGCAGGCGGAGACUGAGAGGAGGGAAGAGUUGAAGUAUUUGAAGAAUUUGAAGAAGAAAGAGAUGAAUGAGAAGAUUAGGAAGAUUAGGGAGAUAGCGGGAUUUAAGGAAGAUGACGAUUGUGUGUUGGAUGAACGUGAUCUUGAGGAAGAGUUUGAUCCCGUAGAGUAUGAUAAAAAGAUGAAGAAGGCGUUUGAUGAUAGUUUUUAUGAAGCAGAAGAUGUGGAUCCUGAGUUUGGUAGUGAUGAAGAAGAUGGUGAGUUGGAAAAACCGAAUUUUGAUGCUGAAGAUGAUUUGCUUGGUCUUCCGAAAGGGUGGGAUGAAAAGUUUGGUACGGGUGAUGGUUUCUUGGCUACUAGAGAAAGAACCUUGAAAAACAAGGUUGCAAAUGGAGGACAUGAUGAACAAACGAACGAUGAUGAGGAUAUGGAUGAUGAUGAUGAAGAAGAAGAAGAAGAAGAAGAAGAAGCAGAAGAAGAACCGAUUAUAGAAGAACGUAAAAAGAGAAAGCGGAAAACUUCCAAGUUAGAAGAGGAACUGAUAAAGAAGGAGUUAGAAGAAUAUUAUAAACUGGAUUAUGAAGAUACUAUUGGAGACUUAAAGACAAGGUUUAAGUACAGGCCUGUUAACAAGAACACUUAUGGGUUAAAACCAAAGGAAAUUUUAGUAGUUGAUGAUAAGGAGUUGAAUCAGUUAAUUCCUUUGAAGAAAUUGGCAACAUACAGGGAAGACGACUUCGUUGUUCCUCGUAAUAAAAUAAAAGAACAAAAGCAGAGGAUUAGAUCUCUUCUUAAAGGAGAGUCAUCUUAUGGUCCUGACAAUGGCAGCAAGAGGUCCAGACAUGAUUCUGAUCUUCUUGACAAUGGAAGCAAGAGGUCCAAACAUGACGACGGGGAUGCAGAAACUGAAAAGCCAAAAUCAGAUGUCCAAAAUGAUGGUCCGGAAAAACUAUCUAGGAAACAACGAAGAAAGAUGAAGCAAAAGGAUCUUGCGCUGUCAACUUCAAGAAAAAUAGCAUAUAACAUGUUGCAACCUAAACCCAAAAACAAAAAGAAAAACAAAGCAUAGGGGAACUCUUCAAACAAAUGAAUAUAAAAGUUUUGAGUUUGGAUCAAACCAUAGAGCUCUCUAUAGCAUGCAAGACAACAAGUAAAGAGUCCUCUCACAGGUUUAUCGUUUCAAGCAGUAUGCAAUCUCCACCAAGUCCCACUAAUUUGGAGAUCAAUUUUGAGUUACCUUAUUUCUAGAUGAAAUGUUGUUAUUUCUAGUUUUGACUCAUAAGACAUUGUAGUUUUGCACCUGUUUAGAGUUGAAUCAUCGAAUGGAGAUUGUUUGUAUCGAGUUUGUUUUCA